AUGGGCUCGAUGACGUCGGCCACAGUCCUGGUGCUCAACCUGGUCAUGGUCCUGUGGGCGAGUCUUCGCCAUUCCGAGCAUGGACAGGGUAUUCUGCGUGUGGACAAUUGCGACCGUAUCAAGCAGCUCAGCACCGGAAUACAUUUCCUAAUCAACUUUCUCAGCACGCUUUUGCUGGCUACUAGUAACUUUGCCAUGCAAUGUCUGGCUGCACCGACCAGGAAGGACGUGGAUAGGGCCCAUGCGCGAAGCAAAUGGCUUGAUAUUGGCGUCCCCAGCGUACGCAAUCUGUGGCAGAUCCCGAGACUGCGCAUGCUCCUCUGGCUUUGUCUUGCUCUGUCGUCUGUGCCUCUGCACCUGUUUUACAACUCCACGGUCUACUCCUCCCUUUCAGUCAACAUCCCCCAUAUCUUCGUGAGCAACUCGAGUUUUCCUUCCUUGACUGCCGACGAAAUCACGACCACAUACGAUGCACAACUUAGAAAGGCGAAGGGUGCAGACGCCCCACUACCGUGGUUUCUGAAUCUUCAAGCCGCUCUGAGGCUCCUGCGGAUUUCGGGCUCGCUGGAGCGCCUCCCGCCAGAGGAAUGUAUCUCGGCGUAUGCUACCGACUUUAUAUCCAAAUAUAACAAUUUGAUCCUCGUCAGCCCGGAGUUCAACGGAUCGGUAGUACCCAUCGAAUAUCUUACUGCCCAGAUCCCCCCGAGUCCCAUCCAGUAUACUGACGUCGCGUAUUAUUGGAUAUGCAAGGACGACGCCAAUUGGUACGAACCGAGCUAUUGUACGGACAGCAAGCUUUCUGAGAUUCGCGCGCAGGACGACUGGGUCGUGGAGGGUUACAAGGUGGACUACUGUCUGGCAGAGAAAACGCAAGACAAGUGCCAGCUCGAGUACAACAUGCCGCUUGCUAUAGUGGUGAUUAUAGCCAACCUGGCCAAGGCCAUCCUGAUCUGUCUUGUAGUGUUUCUACUCGAGGAUAAUCCUCUGCUAACAGUCGGUGAUGCUGUGGCUUUCUUCCUGCGGUCUCCUGAUGAUGCGCAAGACAUAAACUGCCUCUUCGAGCGUCCGAUGCUGUCUGGCAUACGUGGGAGACCUGUCCCUGUCGAUAAACCGCAAGCAUAUAUUGCGAAGCCAAAAAGGCGGUGGUCAUCCCUUUCUAGGGCUCGCUGGGCUAGCUUUCUCUCAAUAUACAUUUUGUCUUUAGCCGUCUCGCUUGCCUUCAUAGUGCUAGGGCUAACCAAAAUGAAAUACUCCGAGAACAUUUGGAGCUCUGGCCUGGGAGCCAUUCAGUCCAAUACAAUGGUCUCGAAUAACGACUGGCCUGGGGAACUGAUUCCCAACGUCCUCAUGGCAAACAUACCUCAGCUCAUAUACUCCCUCCUCUACGUCCUGUCUAACGGCAUCCUGACAAGCAUGGCUCUCGCGGACGAAUGGAACUCCUUCUCCCGCCGCAGCAAGGGACUACGCGUGUCAGCAUCUCCCAGGGGCCAUCAACAGUCGUCGCGCUUUCUAUCUCUGCCUUAUCGCUACGGAAUACCGUUCAUUUUCUUUUCAGCAUUCCUGCACUGGCUUAUCUCCCAGAGUAUUUUCCUAGUGCGAGCCAAUGCCUAUGAUGACAAGAAUAUGAGGGCGUCUGAUCACGACGUCAUGACACUGGGCUAUUCACCGCUCGCAAUCGUUAUUACAAUCUGCGUGGCUGUACUCAUGCCAAUCGCGUUCUGCUUCAUGGGCUGCAGGCGCUUCAAAUCAGGGAUGCCGGUUGCCGGGAGCUGCAGUCUUGCAAUUUCUGCGGCUUGUCAUCCGCGGGCUAAGACUGACGAUGCCAAUGGCAAAUUAUACGGUAUUGAAUAUCGUCUUCUGCAAUGGGGUGCUGAGCCUGGUGUCCCAGGGGAUGGAGAGAUUGGGCACUGCACGUUCUCGGAUGGCCAUGUUACCAUGCCAGAGGAUGGGGUGUUAUACCGAUGA